UUUCAACACUUUGUUUUGAUUCUGGGGAAUAACAUGUUCGUGCCUAAAUAAAAUCGUUUGAUAAAACAUUUUAUUUCUGUUGUUUGAUUUUAAAAUACGCAUUUGGAUAGAAAAUCUAACAAUCAUGGCCACAAUGGUGAAAGAAAAACGUAAAGAAAAAAAGAAAUCAAAAGAGAGAAGUAGCACCACCAGAGAACUGUCACCAGUUAACAUAGCUCCUCCUACACUUGAGGAGUUGAUCUAUACUACAGAAAGUUCCUGUGAAGCUGAGUCAUCUCAAAAUGUUACCAUUGAAUCUUUCACUGAAGUCACUGCAUCAGAACAAACUGAAACCAAUAAUAUAAGUAUAGAAAUUAUAGAAGAAAGUAGUGAAAAUAUUGAAGAAGUAGGUAGUAAACAAAUUAAUAUAGAUACUAAUUUAAAUAAAGAAUGUUUAGAACAAUCUCAGAAUAUUGAAAAUAAGAAUAUACAUAUCACGAAAACGACAACCACAGAAGUUGAAAAGUCAAGUCUUAUAACCAAAGAGUCUACAAAUGAGAGUACUUACAAAGAGUUGCAGAGAAAAUUGGAAUGUAUGGCAAUACCAAAUGAAGUUACAGAACCAAUAAGUCCAGAAAGACAAAUUGAGCUUAUUCACCCUGAUGCUUACUUAAGUACUGAGAAACAGAAACCGGAAACUACUUUUGAACAAGUAGAAGAUGUGAUGCCAUCAGCUCCCUGCUUUGAAGAAGUACCCCAAGCUGUGCAACGAGAAGAAGUGUUUGUAGAAACUAAGCCUAAAGUGAAAUGCAUGCCUCUAGAAGAUGCUAUAAAGCUCUGUGGAGGAAAAGAGAUGGAAGAAGUGAGAGCCAUGAGUCAGAGAGAAGAGGAGUUAGUGGAAGCAGGACCUAUGAGUGGACCGGAACAUCCGCUUGUUGAUCUGUUAUCUACAUUCAGAUCAUCACUAAUAGCAGUGGAGCGUGAGCGGGUUAAACUUGCAGCCGGGUUUGCAGAAGAAGAGAAAAGAAGAGCUACUCUUUGGAAGAUAGAGAAACGAUAUGUGAAUAUAUCUGAGAAGUGUCAGUGUGGGCUUAAUGUGGACCUUAGAGCUAGUUAUGAGUAUGCUGAGUUGAACAAGGAGAGGCUGCCUAUCGCAAAGAUGAGACUUGAGAGCUUGCUGAGGGAUGUACAGGAAUCUUAUUGCCAUCAUCAGCAUGCUGCUCUGCUGGCACAUUGUCAGAUUGAGGAGUUAAUCUCAGAGACUAUACAGAGUAACAAGCUUGUGAUACGUGAAGCUCUCUCCCUAAUAUUGCAAGCGCUACGCCUCAGUGACAACGCACCAGAAGCGCUCGCGUCCGCUUUAAAGCGGUGGGCCACAGCGCUUUCCGCUGCUUUGAUCGACAAUCGAGAUCUGCGACAGCUGUUGUUCCUCAUACAUAAUUUGUUCAAACAGUCUCGCUCCGUACAAUGGGCAUCACAAGUGAUACACGCGCACGUUGACAGUGCCUCCCCCUGGCGGAUACUUGCAAUACUAGAGCUGUUACUCGUGCGCUCCCGCACUGAAACAGCGCUCGAGUGUAUUGAGGAGUGUGAGGAUGCAUGGGAGGAGGUGGACAAGCACGGCGGCGGGGGCGCGGUGAGUGACGGCACACUGCGGGAGCGCGACCUGCUCGCCCUGCUGCGGGCCUUCCCGCUGCGAGACCUGGUCGCUAGGCUCGUGCUGUUCACGCAUACUGAUAUCCGGCAAGCCCGGCCGCAGGAGUGGGGUGACAGUACGGGGGGGCGCGGCGUACUGCGCGCGUCCGCCGCUAUACGCGCGCUUCUGCACGUGCUGGGUCGUGGCGCGCGCGCGCAUUCCAACUACGCGCGCCUACUGCACGAACUCAGGCAACUGGCUGCACGAGCCCUGCACGCGCUGGCCUGUCUACAUCUUACUUCUAGAGCAUUCUAUAGCCCUGACAUAGAAGAGAAGAUAACAGCGGAGUUAGAAGCAGCAUUCUGUGCUGGUUUCCACCUGUACGAGGCACAGGACCUACAUCACUUGCCGGCUACAUUGUUGUCUGAUGAUGCCGCUAAGGAGUAUUGUAUAUCUCUCAUUGUGGGACUUCAUGACAAAACUCCGAAACGACUGGAUCAGCUUGAAAUAGAGUUGCCAGUGUUACCGUGUGAGAUGCGCGUGCGCAUCAUAUCGCAGGCCGCCGUUGAUCGCGCGGAGGACCACGAGCUCGCCAGGCUAGUCCUUGAAUUCUUGUUACAGACUGGUUUGAAGCGUAAAUCAAUGUCGUGUAAAGUACUAUGCGACGCGACUGCGCGGGAGUGCGUGGGCCAGCUACUGGCCACACACGUCUACCUACAUACCAUAGCUCUACAUAUACUGGCAGAUCUCAGUGUAGUCGAGUCUCUAGAUCCGUCCUGCGUGAAGACUUUGAGAGUGAACAAAUGGCGACCCACCGCGGGGGACGUGAGGGCCCUAUUGGACGACUGGUCGAGGCGGUGCCAGAACUUACUGCAACAUCUGUUACUGGAAAUGGAUUAUACUCCUUACGUUGGCGUGUCCCUGGAAGUGCAGCUAACCAUAGGGGCCUGGCUGUGUGAGUGGGUGAGGACCCGGGGCCCCAGCAGUGGCGGGGGCGCGCCCCCCGAGUGGUGCUGGAGCGUACUCCGGCGCCUUCGCCCCCACCGCACGUCGUGGCGCCUGCCGCCAGACGCGCCCCCGCCAGACACCGACCCGCCAGACUUGUUCUCCACUGCGUACGCUCUCAUGUCCUCGUCUUGGGGACAUUGUAUACCUGUUAUAUGUUCGGAGGGCGUGUCAGGCCUGUGUAAGCUGGCGAGCUUCCGGGCCCGUGACGCGGUGCAGUGCCUGGCCGGGGUCAUGCUGGUCAUGGCGCAGUCGCCAGAGUCGCUCGCAUACACGCCCAAGUUUGCAGAGGUGGUGUCUCUCCUACUGAACUCUGGUCCGUCCCUGAUGCAGCGCGCCCUGGGCCGGGGCGGAGUCACCGGCGCUGAUUUACUACUGCGACUUAUACUGGCGCAGCUUGAAGACAGUAGCGGCGGGCCCGUCGCAGGCGUGGUAUGCGCGUGGCUGCAGAUACUGUGGGGGCGGGGCCCGGCCGGCGCAUGCGCACUGGCCGACGCGGCCGCCGCCGCCACCAGGGACUGGCCACUGCUCGAUGCGUACGCCGCCGGCUUGUUGCAGGAGGAAAACGCGAAAGAGCACGUGAACCAAGCAGUCCGCAACGCUGGUACUGCGCCGCUACUGUGCGAGUGUAUACUGCGGGGGACACACGCGGCCGAGGCGAGGCUCUACGGGGCACUCUGCACCCAGCUACACCUGCAGCGCACUGCUAACCUCAAGAUACAUGUUGAUAAUGCUCUGCAGAAACUUGGUGCCAAGCUAACAUCGGAGGAGCUGGUGAUAUACCGCGCGGCGACGGCAGUACUAGCGGCGCCUGUCUCCCACCCCGCGCAUCUCACUCUGUGGCGGCUACUCAUGCAUCUCUAUCUGCAAACUCCACCUGACUAUGGGUCAGUACCAGCAGUAGGACCACUAUUCUUCAGCGGCCUAAUCAAAUCCCGCACGCUUGCCCAAUUGAAGCGAAAACUCCAAGAAACGAUCACCUACCACCACAAUGAAGGCGAAACAUUCAAAGUCGAGCACCAAUCCAUCGAUACUAGUGACACACAAUCGAUAUCUCGAGCAGAGAAAGCUAGUCCGUCUAAAUUAGAAGAUGGACUGCUACCAGCUUUAUCGAUAAUCGAUUUAACGGGAGAAUCGAGUGAGUCCAGCGAUACUGAAGAUGAGAGUCGAAGCGAGAAGGAAUCGAGUCCGAAUAGUGAAGCGGUUGAUGCGAAGAGAAAUAUUUAUAAUCUGAUCGUUUAUCAUGCUGGGGCUGAAAAGAUGCUCAACGAAUACCUGUCUUGGCUGGAGGAAGGAGAAAAAGUUCGAGCACCGCCACACUUUGCUGAUCUAGCCAGGUUCAUACCAGAACAUGCUUUAGAAGCAGCGUGGAAGCGCGCAGUGGCCCGGCCAAUACCCUGCAUAGAAGUGGACAGCUUCCCCCUACCCACGGCACCACCAGCGCAGGACUCCGCCCCUCCACAGACACCGUUUCAUGUCGCUGUCAAUACUAUACUCAAGAUUAAAGACAAUUCUAGAAGAAGACGGAAGCGUAAACUGAUCAAGUCGCCAGUAGAAGACGUGGACUUCAAAGAUGCGCGUACGCUGCUGUCUUUAAUAGACAAACAUUUGCAAGACAUCGAGAGACUUGCCCAAGAGUGGUGUACGGAGGUGGGUCGUGUAUCGUCAUUGGACAGUCGGCUGUGGGAGCUGACGAGUGCGCUGCGCGUGCGCCGCGCGUUACCGCCAGUGCGCAAACAGUGCGCUAACAAAUGCAAGCAUAUCACUAUUUAUAUACCGGAACAAGAGUGGUGUAUCUCAGUGGACGCAGAGCGUGGUGUGAGAGACAACAGAGUCAGCGCACGCGCAGCCCUGCGCCGAUUGGCGCGCGCCCGCCCCCACGCCGCGCGUACCGCCGCCGCGCUUCAUACUAUCGCUAGACGCACGCGCAGUAGCGAGGCGUGCGUGCGCGCGGUGGAUCGUGCGUGGCGCUGCGCGGGCGCACCGUCCUGCGCCGCAUGCGCGCCCGCCGCCGCGCUACUACACUCCUUCGUACAGCUACUGGCUGACCGCUGGAUAUGUCACGACGGGCGUAUAUGCGCGGACCUAUUGUCUUCCUGGGGCAAGCGCGCCAAUGGUUCCCUUCAACAGUCCUUAUGCGGAGCCCUACUGGCCCCCAGGCGACUGCCCCCGGAGGCCUGGCCCCUUGUCUAUACGCAGCUAUUGGGCACACAGCUGCCUUCGCAUACACUGUUCAGUUAUCUCUCCAGGUUCGAAAUGAGUCGCUGGUCGGAAACUGCGGACGCUACCCAACGUAGAGAGAUGCUGGAGGCUCUACUCCGGGCCGUCCAGCGCUGGGGCCCCACGCCUGCGGCGGAGCACUGCAUGCUGGUGGACCUGCUGGGGCUGCACAGCGCGGUGUUGCUGGACGCGCGGGAACUGGGCCAGCAUCUCGUCACCUGCGCAGGCGCAGCCGUUGCCAACAAACUACCGGCUGGACACUGGGUGCAUCUCAUCCGGGCUGUCGAUGCUAAGGCCUCCACCGUGCCUUUUGAUCAGUUGGGUCACGUGCUCCGCGAGUUAGGCGUGGUUUGGUGGGAGGCACGCACGCGCACGCGUACUGCGGCGCAGGCAGCGCCCCCCUCCCUACAGACGCAUGCGGCACACGUAGCGCGCCUCCUGCACGCACUACUGCGGGCCUUUGUACACGCUGCACGGACACUCAGCUACGACCCCGACAGAGUGGCGUGGUACGCAUGGUCGGCGCUGCAAGAGUCGUGGGGGGCGUGGGUAACCCCACACCAGGGCGCUCCGCCCCUGCUGCCCUCGACAUCGGACCUGGAGGCCUACACGCCCAUGCUGAGACACUUCGUGGACUGUGUGCAUCAGAUCAUGCUGGACUGUCCUGGCACGGAGAUCCACCUUCUGCAGCAAAUAUUCGAGUGGUGCGUGCAGUCUUACGUGGCGGUACAGGGCUCCUCGGGCGCCCCGGGGCCUGUCUCGCAGGAAAGUCGCGUGCAGGCCUCCGCCCUACUCGCCGAGAUGGCCAAGCUACCCUGGAUGGAGCACCAGUGGUUCUAUGGGAAAUGUCUGCAGCAAGCUUUACAGAUAUCAAGAAGUACAGAGCGGGAACUGACGUCGUGGUGCUGCAGUACAUGGGGCGGCGCGCGCGCAGACACGCUGCUGCGCGGCUGCGAGCCCGCGCUACUGGCGCCCCAUCUAGCGCAACUACUGUACCUCUUCACGGGGACGGUACUGCCACACCCGCCACAGAUUUUAGAAGAAGCGUGCAAGUUACCUUGGAGUCGGCUCCCGGAGCCGGCCCUCGACGAGGCGUUGGACCGCUUCUUCAUGGUACAUCAUAACCCUGCGCUUCCCUACCACGACCUGCCUCAAUUCAAAUUGAUCCUGGUAUCCUGCGAGCUAUCCCCCCUGCAGCCCGCGGCAGUAGACACCCUCUCCCGACAGAAGCGAGCUCGCGGCGUGUCGCAGUGGGUGCGCGCCGCUUGCGCACCUACGCUAGCUGCGCAUGUCACUGCGCAAUCUGCGCAACUACUGUGCAUCAUUGAGAUGUUAGCGCCACAUUUAGAAGAGUCGGACGGUGAACUGGAGGAUUUGAUGUCUCGUGCCGUCGUCAUCAUGUGCAUAGAGCCCGCCGCUACUUCUGCAUUACCGGUGUGGGUAUCGUGGCUGGGCACGGCGUCCCCCCGCAGUGUCCGCGCGAGUAUAUCGGCGACGGCGACGCUGACUGCCUUCGAAUACUUCGCCGUGCUCGCCGACGCCGCCGUACGGGCCAUGUUACUCUGUACUGAGCCAGAAGGCUGGGAUGAGAUACGGUCCCGCUGGCAGUCGUCCCCAUGGCGCGAGGGGGCGGCGCUGGCGCAGCGCGCGCGCCUGCACGCCGCGUACGCAUGCGCACUCACACAUGCGCACGCGCCGCGCGCACUGCACGCCUUGCUUACUGCAUUACUCACCGCCGACAUACACUUCGUAGACAACGAACCAAUAAUAGCAGUGUGGAUAUGCUACGCGUGCCGUAUAGCUGUCUCGCUCCCGCAGCAGAGCGACGAGGAGCGCGAAAGCUGCGCGUGCGCACGCUCCCUCCUAGCGCGCUGGGCCGAGGCGCCGCGCCGGUCUAUACUCAGGGUCGUCACUAUGCAUGCUGAUACUGAUAAACCUACUGCACUCCACCGCGUACUUUGUCGCUACGCUCUAUGCGUGCUGACCCCAGACGAAAAUACCCGUCGCAACUUUGAAACCGCCUGCAGUACCACGUUGGGCGCCAACAGUGACGUCAUCACAUGGGCGUCCACCCCUCAACUAACCAAGUUAGUAAGACUCGCCAUCAGACUGUGGCCCAAGUAUGAAAAGUACUUUCAACACGAAAUGGAAUUGGCGGCCAAAGAAAAUAUAGUCGGCAACGCACUCGUAGCUCCUCCGUUGCGAGUGUCCCUGGGCGGCGCUGAUUGCUUACCAUCAGGUCGGUUGUUACAAAAGAAGGUACCUAAUUUUAAUUCUCAAGCCUAG